UCAUCAGUUCUUAGCACCUCAACCUCAAGCCGGCCACCAGCAUCUUCAGCAAGGGCCUACCUCUAAUUAAUCCUUCAAUUCUCUCUCAGCUAGCUCAAGGCGAAAAUGGUGACCGUGGAAGACAUCCGCAAGGCACAGAGGGCUGAAGGACCGGCCACUGUGAUGGCCAUUGGAACAGCCAAUCCGCCCAACUGUGUCGACCAGAGCACAUACCCUGACUACUACUUCCGGAUCACCAACAGCGAGCACAAGACAGAGCUCAAAGAGAAGUUUAAGCGCAUGUGCGAGAAAUCAAUGAUCAAGAAGCGCUACAUGCACUUGACCGAGGAGAUCUUGAAGGAGAACCCAAACAUCUGUGAGUACAUGGCUUCCUCGCUGGAUGCUAGACAGGACAUGGUGGUGGUUGAGGUGCCAAAACUGGGCAAGGAGGCUGCSACGAAGGCCAUUAAGGAAUGGGGACAGCCCAAGUCCAAGAUCACCCACCUUGUCUUCUGCACCACCAGUGGCGUCGACAUGCCCGGGGCUGACUACCAGCUCACCAAGCUCCACAGCCAUGGCGCCAUUGACGGGCACCUGAGAGAGGUUGGACUUACCUUCCACCUGCUCAAGGAUGUGCCCGGGCUCAUCUCAAAGAACAUCGAGAAGAGCCUGGUGGAGGCAUUCCAGCCUCUGGGCAUCUCCGACUGGAACUCAAUUUUCUGGAUCGCCCACCCUGGUGGUCCAGCCAUCCUAGACCAAGUGGAAGAAAAGCUGGCCCUUAAGCCCGAGAAGCUAAGCGCCACACGACACAUCCUGAGCGAGUAUGGAAACAUGUCAAGUGCUUGUGUGCUGUUCAUAUUGGAUGAGAUGCGGAAGAAGUCGAUUGAGGAUGGCCUCAAGACCACUGGAGAAGGGCUCGAGUGGGGUGUGCUGUUUGGGUUUGGACCAGGGCUCACCGUUGAGACUGUGGUGCUUCACAGUAUCGCUGCCUAGAGAGAGAUGCAUGGAGGCUCCAAAAUCUCUCUUAACCAAAUGAAUGGUUAAAUUUGCAUUUUCUUCUUGUUUUCCUCCCUCUCAAGUGAAUUGAGAUGUGGGUUGGUUGUGUUUGAUCUGGUCUUGUAAUUGUAGUAUGCCAAUGUGUCCUACCGACAAAGACAUCGAUCAGAGAAUGUAUUACUUUAUAUUUAAUAAUACAUAUGGUCACCACGUUCUUUGGCUAUA